AUGGCUGUUGCUGACGCAAAUUAUAAUUUUAUAUAUACUAAUGUUGGCUGUCAAGGCAGGAUAUCCGACGGAGGUGUUUUUCGAGAAACAUCCUUUUAUAAAAAGUUGGCUCAAGGAACGCCGAAAUUGCCUGACCCAGAACCACUUCCUGGUAGCGGUAAACUAUCGCCUUAUGUCAUAUUGAUGGAUGAUGUGUUCCCACUACAGGAACACAUCAUGAAACCCUUCAGUGGCCACCACGACAAUGGCCCUUCUCAAAGAUUGUACAAUUAUAGGCAUUCACGCGCUCGAAGAGUAGUGGAAAAUUCAUUUGGGCUGCUAGCAAGUGUAUUUCGUGUAUUCAGAAAACCACUAAUGAUCAAUUUGGAAAACGCCGAAAUUGUCACAAAACCAUGUAUUUACCUCCAUAAUUUUUUGAGAAGAAGUAAAACAUCGCGAUCAUUACAUUGCCCUCAAGGAACCUUAGAUAACAAAACGCAAGAUGGAAAAAUUAUUCCUGGAUCAUGGCGGGCAGUCGUCCAAGGUGAUACUGGUCUGUAGAAUUUGCCAAACAGCAAGAAGGGCAGCUAAAGAAGUCAGGAAGGAAUUUAUGCGGUAUUUCGCUUAACUUUCAUUUUUUACGC